GUCCCCUCCCCCUUUCUCCAUCGACCAUCCCCCACACUCCAGUCCACUCCACUCCACCACGCUUCCCUCCAAACCCCCCACGAAACCCACCCCGGCCCAACCAAUCCCAAUGGCGACGCCGCCGCUCCCGCCGGACUCGAAGGCGGGCGCGGAGGAGGAGGAGGAGGAGGAGGCGCGGGAGCUCCUCUACGAGGCGUACAACGAGCUGCAGGCGCUGGCGGCCGAGCUGGGCGGCGCGGCGGGGGCGCCGGCCGUCGUGGUGGUCGGCCACCAGACGGACGGCAAGAGCGCGCUGGUAGAGGCGCUCAUGGGGUUCCAGUUCAACCACGUCGGGGGAGGCACCAAGACGCGCCGCCCCGUCGCGCUCCACCUCCGAUUCAACCCGCGCUGCGACGCGCCGCGGUGCCGCCUGCUCGCCGGCCCCGGGGACGAAGUUGAAGACGCCGGGGUCGCAGGCCGCCCCAUGCCGCUCGCCGACAUCCAGGCAUAUAUUGAAGCUGAAAACAUGAGGUUGGAGAAUGACCCUUGCCAAUUUUCAGAGAAGGAAAUCAUAAUAAAGGUAGAAUACAAGCAUUGCCCCAAUCUCACCGUUAUUGACACUCCAGGCCUCAUUCUUCCAGCUCCUGGCCGUAAAAACCGAGUUUUGCAGAGCCAGGCUUCUGCUGUUGAGAGCCUUGUUCGUGCUAAAAUCCAGCAUAAAGAGACCAUAAUACUGUGCCUUGAAGAUUGCAGUGAUUGGAGUAAUGCAACUACACGGAGAGUGGUGAUGCAGGUUGAUCCUGAUCUUGCAAGGACUGUUCUAGUCUCCACCAAACUGGACACAAAAAUACCACAGUUUGCCCGGCCCUCUGAUGUUGAAGUGUUUCUUCACCCACCGACUUGCGUGCUAGAUGUUUCCUUACUGGGAGAUUCUCCCUUUUUCACAUCAGUACCUUCUGGUAGGGUUGGUUCUUGCCAUGAAGCGGUGUUCAGAUCUAAUGAAGAGUUUAAGAAGGCCAUCUCAUCAAGAGAGUCUGAAGAUAUUGUGUCUAUUGAAGACAAGUUAGGAAGGUCACUUACAACAGAGGAGAAAGAAAGAAUUGGAGUGAGUAACUUGAGACUAUUUUUGGAAGAGUUGCUGAGGAAGAGGUACAUUGAGAGUGUUCCACUAAUCAUUCCACUUCUUGAGAAGGAACAUCGAAAUGCAACAAGGAAACUGCGUGAAAUCAGUCAAGAAAUCAGUGAUCUGGAUGAAGCCAAACUGAAGGAAAAAGCUCAGCUAUUCCAUGACUCAUUUUUGACCAAGUUAUCUUUGCUAUUGAAAGGCAUGGUGGUGGCACCUCCUGAUAAAUUUGGAGAAACUUUAAUUAACGAGAGGAUCAAUGGAGGAACAUUUACUGGAAGUGAGAAUUUCCAGCUCCCAAACAAGAUGAUGCCAAAUGCUGGAAUGCGUCUUUAUGGUGGUGCACAAUACCAUCGGGCAAUGGCUGAAUUUCGUCUGGUAGUUGGUAGUAUCAAGUGCCCUCCGAUAACUAGGGAGGAAAUUGUCAAUGCUUGUGGUGUUGAGGAUAUUCAUGACGGGACAAACUACUCCAGGACUGCUUGUGUAAUUGCUGUGGCAAAAGCACGUGACGCAUUUGAGCCAUUCCUUCAUCAGUUGGGUUUUAGGCUUUUGUACAUACUGAAGAGGCUGAUCCCAAUAUCUGUUUAUCUGCUGGAGAAAGAUGGUGAGCGCUUCAGUAGCCAUGAAGUACUUGUAAGGCGUGUCCAAGCGGAAUUCAAGAGGUUUGCUGAAUCAACGGAGCAAUCAUGUCGUGAAAGGUGUAUGGAAGAUUUGGAGAGUACCACUCGUUAUGUCACUUGGUCCCUUCACAACAAGAACCGUGCUGGAUUGCGACACUUCCUAGAUUCAUUUGCUGCCCCAGAGCAACUAUCAGUAAAUACACUGCACGAGCAGUUGCCUGGGUUGAAUGAGAACAAACAGGACAGGCCAAAGGGCGACCCAAAGUCUAAUCAUUCUUCAGACACAAAUUCAUCGGGUGCUGUGCCAGAGACAAGGCUGGUCGAUCUGUUGGACAGUACACUCUGGAACAGAAGGCUGGUUCCCUCAUCUGAAAGACUCGUCUACGCAUUGGUUCACCAGAUUUUUCAUGGGAUCAAAGAGCAUUUUCUUGUCACCACUGAACUGAAGUUCAAUUGCUUUCUCCUCAUGCCAAUUGUUGACAAAUUACCCGCGCUUCUAAGACAAGACCUCGAAUUGGCUUUUGAGGACGAACUUGAUAGCAUCUUUGACGUCACUCAGAUGCGCCAGUCGCUUGGGCAGAAGAAGCGAGAGCUGGAGAUCGAAGUGAAGAGGAUCAAGCGCUUGAAGGAGAAGUUUGGGGAGAUAAAUAAGAAGCUCAAUUCUCUUCAGGUUAGGCAGUAGGUCAGUCCAGAACUGAGCAGUAAGCUUGCUAGGCUAGGACUCCAGGUAGAGUGUUUCUAUGCUGUAAUAGUGUGACAUCUUGUUGUACCUUUCUAGUUGUAAAUAUGAAGGCUUCCUGUGUCUUAUGUAUGAUGUUAGUACAUGGUUUUCCAUAUGGCCAAUAAAGUGCUGCAUCCCUUGCCAAGUUCUUAAA